AUGCUGCUUUUACGAUGUAUACUCAGUUUUGCUGUUUUAUUUUUUUUGGCUCAGUCUUCAUUUGGCGCUCAAGGAAAUCAGCAAGUCAAGGGUUACAAUAUUCUCGUUGAAUCUGAAUCUCGCUUUUGCUCAUUUCUACCUCCCAAACCGGGAUCAGAUGUGGCGAAGACAGAAAAGGACGGAGUGCCGUUUUGUACUCAGAGUGGCAUGGUGGAUGGUGCCCACCAAUUUCCUGCUGGUUUUAUAGUAUCUGCCCAUUUCCAAAAAACUUCAACAUAUUCCCAAGUGACAGGCCGCAUAGAUCGCUCCAAAUAUAAACUAUCUGCAUCAGACGGUGGUGGUCAAUAUGAUCAAAAGGAUAUAAUUGGAGGAACAUGCAAUAAUCACAAGUUCUGGGUCAAUGUGGUGGAACCCGAUUCCAACAUCUUCUGCAUUCGUUGCUGCAGCAACACCAAAGACUGUAACCUUGGAAUAUCUCAGUACGGUUGCCGACGAAUUGUUCCUGGCAAUUACGACUAA